UUAAAAUGUAUUAUUAUGUAAACAAAUAUCUAGCUUGACCAGUCAUGACUUCAUACUUGUGCAAACUAUAAUUGAAGAGUUUAACUCUAUCAAGUUUAAAUAUCAGUUAAAUUAGUUUGUGAAGUUUGUCAGGGAUGACGUCAUCUCUGGUCCCGUGAGUUUGUUUCAGAGCAGACAUUGUGCUGCAUUUCCUGACCUGCUUAAGUACAACAGAGAAUCUGUUGUAUCUGUACCUGCCACAUUUUUCCCAGAGCAGUGUUUCUCAUUCCUGUGACAAUAUGACAGUCAUUCAGAUAAUAGGACUAUAAUACAUUUAGGAAACAGAGGUAAAACACUUACAAGCCCCACCCCUAAACCCAACCCCUAUUUCUUAUACUAGCCAGACAGAGACUAUGCAGACACAACAACACGUUUGUGUAGAAAAGUAAAAAAGUGCUCAUAAACCGAACAAAUAACAUUAUACUUUAUAAUUAUGUCAAAACGUUUUACAUUUAAGGUUUGAGGAUAUGAAUUAUAAUUAUCCUGUUGUGAAAACAAUGAAAGUCUUUGAGAUAUCCUGACUAAUAUAAUGAAACAAACAUGUGUUUGUGUAUGCGUGUGCGUGUGCAUGUGCGUGUGUGUGUUUGAGGGAUGGGAUGGGAGAAAAUGUGAAGGGAGCAUCUCAUUACUCAUGAGCAGCACAAAAAAGCUUUGGGCCUGAUCUAAUGACCACUCCCACCAAAUGUCUGUCUGACCAAAUCACAUGCGUAUAGAGUUCAGGACCAAGAAAGGCCAGGAGGUGAACCGGGCUGACCGAGGGCUAUUCUUCUAAGCUGAAGCAGGGCAGUUUUUGUGUACCUUAUGGACGAUCUGAGUGUUCUGACUUUAGACCUACACACUUUUACCAGGAAAAGCCUCUUUACAGCCGUGGCUGGUCUCACCAUGUGUCAAAUUUACCAUGGGACUGUCAGGAAUUUCAUACUUUGCUUCCAAAACAGCUAGAGAGCAAGAGGGCUGGAGUGUGUGUCUGUGUGUGUGUCUCUGUCAGGGCUCUUCACAAACCUGGCUGUUCCUGUGGCUGUAACAUCACUUUUAACCAUUUGAAAAGGACGCCUCUGGGAUGUAAACUGGUGAAAAGUUUCGAUUGCUGUCUUGGUUGAAGCUAUGUGUAAAAUGCAUGGAGGUUAUGGCUGCGUGGUGUGGUACCGUGUCCAAGGAAACACCUAAGAGACGAGAGCUGUAAUAAUUGGCACAAGAUUAUGUUUUGGGGGAUGAUAGCAGCCACCUUUCAGCUGUGGUUCUGGAUUUUGAGAAUGGGCCCUGCUCAUGCAUCUGCACAAAGAGCUUUAUGUUGGGAUGGACGUCCCUGGGCCACGGGUAACUUCAGCUGUGUGGAUCCUGAGCCUUAUCUGUUAACUGCCGUUGGAAACAACAUUAUCAAAAUGAACUUAGAUGGCAAAGACCAAAGAAGAAUCGUGUCUGGGGUGGGGAGGUCCGUCUUACUGGACUUCCACUUAAGUGAGGGGACAGUGUUCUGGGCCGACACGCACGCAGGACUAAUAAACAGAGCAGGACUGGAUGGGACAAAUCAGAAGCUUCUCUCAUCAGUAAAAGGAAUCACAGGGCUGGCUGUGGACUGGAUUGAAAACUCAGUGCUCUGGAGCAAUGCGGAAAACGGAACGAUACGGAGAGUGGACACAGAUGGAAGAAACAAAAAGACUGUCCUACAAGACCUGUCUCAGCCAAGCAGUGUUGUUGUUGACCCAAAUGAAAGAUAUAUUUUCUGGUUAUCAAAUGGACCGACUCCCAGUAUCCAGCGUUCAGACACCACAGGUGGUCAAAGGACAACAUUGCUAAAAGUUGCAGACAAACUAAAGGUUUUGACCAUUGACCACAGGGACAGAAGACUGUUUUGGGUUGAGCAAGGCAUAAGACCUCACACUGCACUGGGGUCCUGCAAUUAUGAUGGCAACAUCAUCAACGUCUUCAAUCAGCCCUUAAGAUCACAGUCUCUAAGGAUGACAGUUUUCCUGGAUUACGUGUACUUAACAGACUCAAAGUCAAAAAGCAUAAAACGAGUAAACAAGUACAUAGGGGGCCCAGGGGAGAAUGUCAAUUUCAAACGGAUGCCACACCCCCCUGCUGAUGUCAAAGUGGUACAUCCCAUCAAUCAGCCGGUGGUGGAGAGUCCUGCAUCUUUCACUCCAGGUUGUAAUCCACAGACAGAAGAGUGCGUAAAGGUCUGUUCCCAUCACAGUGACACGGGCGUUUGCCGCUGCAGGGACGGUUUUUCUCUCAGUAAACAAGGAAACUACUGUGAAGAUAUAAAUGAAUGUGCCCUGUGGAAUCAUGGCUGCUCACUGGGGUGUGAGAAUGUUCCGGGCUCUUACUUUUGCACCUGUCCUAAAGGUUACCUACUCUUGCCUGAUAUGAAAACCUGUCAUGAAGCUAAACCAUGUGUGGAGAAUAAGACCGUUUGUGAUCAUGCAUGCGUCCAUACAGCAGAAGGAGACGUGUGCUUGUGUCCAGAAGGAUCAGUACUAAAGGCAGAUGGACGUUCAUGCACAGGCUGUUUGUCAGCUGAUCGUGGAGGUUGCAGUCAUAUUUGUGUGACAUUAUUCCCGGGCAGGUGGGCAUGUGAGUGCCGACCUGGAUACCAACUACAGCCUGAUGGAAAAUACUGUGCUGCCACAGGGCCUCCACCAUACCUGUUAUUUGCCAAUGUAGUGGAUAUAAGAAAGAUGAACAUAGAUGGCACACAGAGCAAGAAACUCCUGGAGGAGGCACGAGGCACUAUUCUAGCUGUGGACUAUGAUCCAGUGGAAAACAAUGUGUAUUUCGCAGAUAAAGGGCUGAAACGUAUUGAGAGGGCUUCAAUGGAUGGAGGUUUGAGGGAGAUGCUGUUCUCCACAGGAUUAGAUUCACCUGAGGGACUGGCUGUAGACUGGAUCAAUCGUAAACUGUACUGGACUGAUAAAGGAUUAUCUAUUAUUUCCCGCAGUAGUUUAAAUGGGCUUGAUAGAGAAAUCUUUAUGGAUAAAGACAUCCAGAAACCCAGAGGCAUUGCAGUACAUCCUCAAGCACAGAAGGUGUACUGGACAGAUAUGGGAAAUCAUCCAGCAGUGGAACGUUCAGGUUUGAACAGAGAGAUGCGUGAGGUUGUGGUCAGCACUGGACUGGUGUCUCCUAGUGGACUGUCUGUGGACCACGGCUCUCAGCGUCUGUUUUGGUGUGACCUGAGUAGUGGUCUGAUUGAGUCGGCCAACUUGAACGGUUCUGAUCGCCAUUUACUAAGCGAGAACCAAGUAGGUCAUCCUUUUGCUCUUGCGGUGUUUGAGAACAUGAUCUGGGUCAGUGAUCAGGAGGAUCACCUUCUUUACCGGCUGGACAUGAGAACUGGACAAAGCGCUGAGCGUCUGCAGGUCAAGUCAAUUCGACCGGCUGCUCUAGCUGUUGUCCAUCCUCUCACCAAACCAGAAUCGCGUGACAAUGCAUUAAGUCUUAACAAUAAAACACUGAAUGAUGAGAGCACACCGCUUGCCAUAUCAGACAUCCAUUCUGAAGGAGACCCGCCAGUGCUCUUCACUGAAAAGAUGGUGUCAGACCAGGAUGAUUGCUAUUCUCUUAACUGCGGUGUGAACGCUCAGUGCACGCUGGAGGGAGGCAGAGCUGUGUGUCAGUGUGUGAGUGGCUUCACUGCAGAUGGGCGGCUGUGUGUGGAUAUUGAUGAAUGCACAGAAGGCCUGGCGGAGUGUAGCAGCUCUCAUUCUCACUGUGUGAACACAGCAGGUGGAUAUUUCUGCCAGUGCAAAACUGGAUUUAGCGGAGAUGGUCAAAACUGUAUUGAUAUAGAUGAGUGUCGAUUGGAUAUGCAUGAAUGUGAUGUAAGCGCUGAGUGCUUGAAUACAGUUGGAAAAUAUCAAUGUAAAUGUCGGUCCGGCUACACGGGCACUGGAUUCCACUGUCAGGAGGAGUUUAAGGGCUCGUCCUCCUGGCUGAGUACAGGUAGUCCGCUUGAUGUGACAUCACCAUGGCAACGCAACAACUCUGUGCAGAGCUGUCCUUCCACACACGACUCCUACUGUCUGUAUGAAGGCGUCUGCUUCUAUUUCCCCGAGAUGGAGUCUUAUGCCUGCAAUUGUGUAUCAGGCUACUUGGGGGAACGCUGUCAGUUCAGUGAUCUGGAAUGGUGGGAACUGCAGCAGGCCGAACAAGAGAAGAAGAGAAACGUGGCUAUAGCCGUGUGUAUUGUGCUGCUUGUUACUCUGCUCUCCAUCGCUGCCUGCGUCACCUACUGCUAUGGGUUUAAACGACAUUUUGUAGCAUGUCUCUCAGAAGAUGAUGUGGGUGACAUGAGCAUUAGUGAGGACAGCAUGACUGAGACAACAACAACCGCCCCACAGAUCUAUGUAGUUGUGGACACUAGACCCUGUGGUGAUGAAAGGGUUAUUCAUGUUGUGGGGUGUCCAAGAAGAGCAGUAUGCCCCUCUUGUUCCUCAAUAGCAGGAGUAAGUAUUGCUUCAGUUGAGUCUGGGACACUACAGAAAAACAAACAUGAUCUGGACGCUGCCAACUGCUCUGUGUCCUGCAACACAGACACGCUGUCGCUUACAAUGGAGACCACUGAUAACUUAAUAUCUCUAGAAGACUCUCUGUCAACACCCCACUGAUUCACCCGAAAGCCUUGUUCAGAGGCUGGCCCGUGAACUGCUAAUGUGAAUUUGUUUACUGUAAAAUUCAAUGUCAUUUAGUUGUCAUUUAGUCACAGUAAAAGUAGAUGAAAUAUAUUCAAAAUGAGGUUACAAAAACAAGCUAACAGGUUCAUGUAGCACCAGUGAUUUGUCAGCAGAUUUAAUGUAAAACAUAGGUCACUCCUAUUCAUCUAAAAAAAGUGCACAUUUUACAAAUGCUUUAAUGCAAUUCAAACCGGAGUUUUAGAAUGUAUUGAGAUCAUUUAAUCUAACAAGGUCAUCUGCAGAUUCAACUGUAUUGAAGGUUGCUGUUUGUUCUACUUUUCGAGCCAUAAUACAUGCUAGACAUAGAAUAAAAUCUAUAGUAUAACACUCGUUGUGUUGAGUAUUUUCUGUAAAUAGUUUAUGAGCAUAUUUUGCAGGAUUAUAUUGAAUUUAAAUCUAAAAACAACAUGAUGGAUUUGUCAUUUAUUAGUAGCUUAACAUGGUUGGUUUGAGCAGGCAUAAUCCAGCGUAAUGAGCAAAAAACAUGCUUCAGUAAACUAUGACAAACUCUGGAUGAAUCUAAUUGUUUUAUAAUGACAUUGAAACAAAUAAAGGCCCAGAUUAUAUAUAUUUGUCAGCUAUUAAAUUAGGCCUAAAUCAAACAUCGCAGCUCCGAGGAUAUUCAAAGUCAUGGGGAAAUAAUAGUGUCUUUGCAGCAAGCGUUUUAUAUUUUCUAUACAAAUGUAUCUGUUCUACCAACAGAUAAUAUAUAUAUACCGGGAUUAUAGGGUUGUAACCUACUUCUGCUGUCUGAAUCAAAAGUCCAGAACAAUAAAGGAUAAUGUUAGAUAAUAAAAAUAACUGGCUUUUAGCUCUCCCUAUUGUCUUUCUUAUUUUUUCUUGUAAUUGAUGUGACAUUUUGGGACAAUUACAUAUAUAUCAAAUGUAUAUAUACCAAAACAAUACUUUUGUACAUUCAAUGAGGUCACUGUUUAUCAUAUGCUACAGCCGAUAAUUUUAUAUGGUCUAAAAUGUAAUAUUCAGAUGAAAAUCCAUCAUAUUCCAAUUUUUAUUCGGAACUAUGUUCAUCCUGCUCCUGAUGUCUG